CUGAGCAGCGGAGACCGAAGAGCUCGGAUCCAGGGAGAGGUUCCCCAAAUCUUGCGCGAAGCGAGCGAGUGAGAGCGAUCCGAGCUCGUCGCCCACGAAGACGAGCUUCAAAACUCGAUUUUGAUGGUUCUUUCUCUCUCCAUCAUUCCAUUCACGGUCGGUAGUUGUUUUGGCUUUCUUUGUCUCUAUGGAGUUCGAUUCUGUUCCACUUUUUUGACGUGUAAUUUCGACCUUUCUAGGUUCUGGAUUUGAUUUGUUGUCUCUAGGUUGGGUUGGAUCUAGAGUGAUCAUCAAAAUGCUGCCUUUAUGCUCAUCUAUGGUAGAGAGGUGAACCGUGCCAAUGUGGUUUCGGGUACCGCCUUUGGGUUUGGAAUGAGGUCUCUGGAGAGUCUUUGAGAUUAAUCGUGUUUUCCUGUGGAUUUUCUUCCAAAAUCUUCUUCUUUUGUCUGGAUUUGUUGAGUAUGACUUAGAACCGUAACAUUUGGGAGUCAGGUAGUGGUACCGAUGCUUUAAGCCACUAGUUAUUGGCCCUUAGCUUACAUCCAGGAAUUCCAUUUGUUUGAGUCUCUUCUUGAUUGGUUUUGGGCACUGUUCUUACUUCUUGUUGGGUUCAUAAAUGUGGAAUCUUUGCUGAUAAAUUAGGUAUUUUUCUUGUGAUGACCACUAAGCUGUGAAUGGCCAAUUCAAACAUACAACCGCAUCGGCCUGUAUGCCCGAAACCCUUCUUUUUCUGCCUCACAUUCUUGGUACUCCUGGUUAUCCCAUAUCUUUUCUUCUGGGUUGACUCUGGCAUACAGGUCGUCAGCCAUGUAUUGCCCAAAAAAAAGAUCGUUUCAGUGAUUGCGAACCUCAAUACUCCUUCGAGAAACCACGAAGGUGAGUCUACAUUGUUCAAGGAGUCAACUUUCUUGCAUCAACAUGCACCAGCAGAGGAAGAGUUCACGCAAUGUAAUCCGAGCAAUGCUCUCUUGAAGGUUUUCAUGUAUGAUUUACCACCUGAAUUUCACUUUGGAAUUUUGGGUUGGAAUGGUGAUGGCAAGAGUGUGUGGCCAAAUAUACGGGCUGAAGUUCCACACUAUCCUGGUGGGUUGAAUCUUCAGCACAGCAUUGAUUAUUGGCUGACAUUGGAUCUCCUGUCUUCAAGAUUUUCUGACCGGAGUGCCCCAUGUAGUGCUGUGAGGGUUGAGGAUUCUCGUGAAGCUGAUGUUGUGUUUGUUCCUUUCUUUUCAUCUUUAAGCUGCAAUCGGCAUUCAAAGGUCAAUCCACCUGAAACAGUUAGUACAAACGAGUUGUUGCAGAAAAAGUUGGUGGAAUUUUUAACGUCUCAGAGGGAGUGGAAAAGGUCAGGGGGACGAGACCACAUUAUAAUGGCACACCAUCCAAACAGCAUGUUAGAUGCUCGUAUGAACCUGUCGCCUUGCAUGUUCAUUCUUUCAGAUUUUGGGCGGUACUUUCCCCAUGUAGCUAAUGUGGAGAAAGACAUCAUUGCACCUUACAAGCAUUUGAUCAAGACAUUUGUCAAUGAUUCGUUUGGCUUUGAUGAUCGUUCAAUUUUAUUGUACUUUCAAGGAGGUAUCCACAGGAAAAAUGGAGGAUCAAUCCGAAAACAGCUCUUUAAUCUUCUGAAAGGUGAAAAAAGUGUGCAUUUUGCAUUUGGAAGCCUUCGUGAGAAUGGGACCGAUGAAGCCAGUCGAGGAAUGCAUUCAUCAAAAUUCUGUCUAAAUAUCGCCGGGGACACCCCAUCUUCCAACCGGCUUUUUGAUGCCAUCGCUAGUCACUGUGUCCCAGUCAUCAUCAGUGAUGACAUCGAGCUCCCGUAUGAAGAUGUCCUCGACUAUUCCAAGUUUUGCAUCUUUGUGCGGAAAUUUGAUGCUAUCAAGAAAGGUUUUCUGAUGACAUUGAUUAGAAGCGUAAGCCGAGAGGACUGGACCCAGAUGUGGCAAAGAUUGAAGGAGGUCGAAGGUUACUUUGAGUUUCAAUACCCAUCAAAGAAAGACGAUGCGGUUCAGAUGGUAUGGCAAGCAGUGGCCAGAAGAGUACCAGCAAUUCAGCUCAAAGUACACAGAUCAUCUAGAUUCUCCCGAUUUGAUGUAUCCACAUAGGAAAAGAAGUUUGUCAUCUUAGGAGUAUGAUCAAGUAGAUCAGUAAUCUUCACAUCAUUCCUACAACCCAGAAUUGUUCAGGAUUGGAGAAUGCAGCAAUCAAUUUCGCAGAUUGACAUUGUUAAUUUGCAUGAAGGGGAAGGAGGGAAGGAUGAAAAGUUGUAUUUUACAUACAGAAUUAAAAACAAAUGAUUUUUAAUGUUC